AUGGAACAGCUCCAGCUGCUGCGGGUCUUCCUGCUGUGCCUCGCGGCCCUGAACCAGUGUGUGGCCCUUCCGCUGGGCAGCCAGUGUGUGGAGGAGUCCUUCUGCACUUACAGCCUGCAGGACUACUACGGACAGCUGGUGAACCUGCCCAGCAACAUCAACGAGCGCAGCAUCGCCACCUGGAGCUACGUGGAGAACAUCGACCUGAACCGGGUGCCUCAGGUCAUCCAUGAGGCCAGCUGCCACAGCAGCCACUCCUGCAGGGGGCUGGACAGUGCUUUUGGUAUGGAGACCAUCCCCGUGUCCCUGAGGAUGCCCGUCCUCAGGAAGAACCCCAGCUGCUUCCCCUCAGCCAGCUACUCUCUGGAGUUUGAGCUCAUCACCAUAGCGUGUAUAUGUGCCAUCUCCAGGCAUAGCUGAGCAGGAAUGGCUGAUAGGCCUGUCACAACAAUACAUUAUCGACUUAUUGUACCCUAUAUGGACAUAGCCUCAUCAUUUUUGCCAUUUGUUUUAA